AUGUUUGCACACAAAUUCCUCAUCCUGUUCAUGAUUUUCAUAAUUUCUGCAUCGAGUAUUCAUGCUUCUCUCCGAAAGCUUUCGGAACAAGAAGUUAAAGAUUUGGUUCAAAGUAUACAAUCAUCACCUUCGUCUGUGGAGUCAUCAACCGGAAGCGAUCAUCCAAGCAAAGUUCUUGGUUUUGUAACUCCAUGGAAUUCUGGAGGCUAUGACGUUGCAAAGAGAAAUAAUCACAAUAUUAAAUACAUCAGUCCAGUGUGGCUACAAUUAAGGCCAUCACAAAGCAGGAACGCUUUUGAAAUUACAGGUCUUCAAGAUAUUGAUAUGAAGUGGAUGAAGGAUGUCAAGAAAAAUAAUGUCGGAGCUAAAUUAUUACCACGAAUUCAGUUCGAUUAUGGACAUUGGACUAAGGAACAUAUGCAAAUGUUUUAUGGACAUCCAACAUUCUCAAAACAAGUCCAUCAACCAGUAGUGGAUAGAAUCGGACAACUGGUUCGUGCCUAUGACUUGGAUGGCAUUGUGUUGGAAGUUGGUUUUUUACAAUUUGAGCACAUCAAGCAUAUCAUGGUUCCUUUCUUGAAAGCCCUUAAAGAAAAAUUAAGUGGAAUCCAAAAGACGUCAACCUUUGAGAUUUAUUUGGUUGUUCCUUCAGUGCUGCCAAAUCCAGACAAUCCAAACAUUCCCAAUGCUCUAUUUGAAAGAGACCAUUUGAGUUUGGUUUCACCUUAUGUGGAUGGAUUUUUAGUAAUGACCUACGACUAUUUCUCAAACAAGAGAUCCAAAAAUCAAUCGACACAAUAUGUGUUCAAUUCACCUCUGAAAGGAUUUAUUGAUUACACUAUAGAUUAUUUUACAGAGGGUGGAAAACGAAACGAUAUCGCCAACAAGAUACUACUCGGUUUGAACUUUUAUGGAGUUGUAAUUAGCACACAGCAUUUAAGCUCGAAAAAGUUGUUGUCUCAGCUUGUCGAAGAACAGAAGAAUGCAAAUUCAGAGGACCUUAUUUCCAAUUGGAUCAAAACAUAUUCUUCUCCAAAAUUUGACUUUACCACUGGUGGAAAAUUCAAAGAUCAUCUCAACUUUUAUUAUCUUCAAAGCGUGUUAUUUGAUCCAGACGCUCAAGAAUAUUUAUUUGAAUUUGUUGAAGGCGACCAAUUGCUUCUUGUUGUGUUCCCAACUCCACAAACCAUCCAAACAAGAGUUCAGUUUGCCAAACAACACAAUCUAGGAGGUGUGAUGAUUUGGGAACUGGGUCAAGGUCUUGAUUCCUUCUACCAUUCGUUCUAA